ACGGUUAUAGUCUAUAGAUGGUGAGAGUUUGGAAGAUAUAAUCCGUGAUUCUGAAUUAAAGUAUUAAACGCCUUUUGUCCGUUGAGUUGAAAUAUUUGAAUAUAGGGUUUAGGGUUUCACGUCAAUGGCAUCCGCGACGGGGCGAGAGUUGUCGAAUCCUCCGUCGGACGGCAUCAGCAACCUGCGGUUCUCGAAUCACAGCGAUCACUUACUUGUGUCCUCAUGGGACAAGAGCGUGCGUUUGUACGAUGCCAGCGCCAAUGUGUUGAGAGGAGAGUUCAUGCACUCUGGUCCUGUCCUCGAUUGCUGCUUCCACGACGAUUCCUCCGGCUUCAGUGCCGCCGCCGACAACACUGUUAGAAGGCUGUUGUUCAGCUCCAAUAAAGAGGAUAUUCUUGGAAGGCAUGAUGCGGCUGUGAGAUGUAUUGAGUACUCAUAUGCUGCAGGUCAAUUGAUCACUGGUAGUUGGGACAAAACCCUCAAAUGUUGGGACCCUAGAGGCGCAAGUGCCCAAGACCGCACACUCGUUGGAACAUAUCCCCAGCCUGAGCGUGUUUACUCCCUCUCUCUCGUUGGACACCGUCUCGUUGUAGCAACAGCUGGAAGACAUGUUAACAUCUAUGAUUUGAGGAACAUGUCUCAACCUGAGCAGAGAAGAGAAUCUUCAUUGAAAUAUCAAACCAGAUCUGUGCGCUGUUACCCAAAUGGAACUGGAUAUGCACUUAGUUCUGUUGAAGGCCGGGUUGCCAUGGAAUUCUUUGACCUCUCAGAGGCUAGCCAGGCAAAAAAAUAUGCUUUUAAGUGUCACAGAAAAUCAGAGGCUGGAAGGGACAUCGUCUAUCCUGUGAAUGCAAUUGCAUUCCACCCCAUAUAUGGAACGUUUGCCACAGGAGGCUGCGACGGGUAUGUUAACGUGUGGGACGGAAACAAUAAGAAGAGGCUAUACCAGUACUCCAAAUAUCCUACUAGCAUUGCAGCACUUUCGUUUAGUAGAGAUGGACGCCUCUUGGCUGUUGCAUCGAGUUACACAUUCGAAGAAGGGCCUAAAGCCCACGAACAAGAUGCUAUCUUCGCUCGCAGUGUAAACGAGAUUGAGGUCAAGCCGAAGCCCAAAGUCUAUGCCAAUCCUCCAGCGUGAUUCCUGGUAGCCAUUUCGAAAAUAGGGAUUUCUUCAAUUUUUCUUGGAAGAUUUUUCACUUCACUUCCCCUCUUGUGAAUGUCAAAAACAUGUAAAUUACUUAUGUGAAGCACUAGCUUAUUUCUAGAUACAAGUUGCGGUCAGAACAGAAAUAGCCUUUGUUCGUCCAGAUUUUCUUCAAAUUGUGCACUUCGUACAAGUAUAUCUAUUGUAAAGUAUAAAUUGAAA